UUUUAAUUUUAGAUUCCUAGUUUCUCGAGUCUUUUUUCUGCGUGCUUGAUAUAACCUCAAAGUUGAGUUUUUAAGCUAGAUCCUUCCUGUACAGAACUAAGCAUAGAGAAUUCUCUAUGGAACUAAGGGACACCAUUGUUGAUAAAAGCAAUAUGGAGACUGGCAAUAUGGAGACUGGCAAUAUGGAGAAUGGAACAGGAGAUCAGACCCUAGAAACCUGGGACUAUGUUGUGAUUGUUGUUUAUUUUUCGUUUGUGCUCUUCAUUGGACUCUGGUCAUCCUGGAGGUCAAAAAGAGACAGUGUUGGAGGAUAUUUUUUAGCCUCAAGAUCUAUGAAUUGGGUCCUUGUAGGAGCUUCCUUGUUUGCGAGUAAUAUUGGAUCCGGUCAUUUUAUCGGUCUCGCCGGUUCCGGCGCUGCCUCGGGCAUCGGUAUUGCCGGCUUCGAGCUUAGUGCAAUAUAUUAUAUAAUAUUUCUGGGCUGGUGUUUUGUACCAGUGUACAUGUCUAGUGGUGUGUACACAAUGCCGGAAUAUCUCAGAUUAAGAUUUGGAGGACAGAGGAUCAGAGUAUACUUAUCAGUCCUUGCACUUCUCCUUUACGUUUUCACAAAAAUAUCUGCAGAUUUAUAUGCAGGGGCAUUAUUUAUUGAUGCUGCAAUUUAUAUAUCUGUUUUAGGAGAUGCUGCAAUUUAUAUAUCUAUCCUUAUUCUACUGGCAAUUGCCUGCCUUUUCACAGUGGCAGGUGGUCUCACGGCUGUUAUUUGGACAGAUUUUAUACAGACUAUUCUGAUGUUGAUAGGAGCAAUUAUUCUAGCAGCUUUAGCGUUCAGUCAUGAGAAAAUUGGUGGAUAUGAGACACUAAUCGAGAAAUAUUUUAAUGCAACUGCAACUAUCCGAGCAAACAAUAGUGCGGGUGAACUUUGUGGAGGAGUUCCGGAAGAUUCUAUGCAUCUUCUAAGAAGUGCUACCCCAGGAGAAUCUGAUUUACCUUGGUCUGGGUUGACCUUCGGGCUAGCAAUAUCUUCAAUCUGGUACUGGUGCUCGGACCAGGUUAUUGUACAGAGGGCCCUGGCGUCCAAGGAUAUGUCACAUGCUAAGGGUGCCUGUAUUCUAGCUGGGUACUUGAAACUGCUGCCCCUAUUUAUAAUGAUAUUUCCUGGAAUGGCCGCUAGGGUUUUGUUCCCUGAUGUGGUGGGCUGUGCUGAUCCAAUCCAGUGCAAGGAGAUAUGUGGAAGUGAGGCAGGUUGCACAAAUAUGGCUUUUAUCAAACUUGUGGCCGAGCUCAUGCCUAUUGGUCUUAGAGGUAUGAUGUUAGCUGUAAUGUUGGCUGCGCUGAUGUCUUCAUUAACCUCUAUCUUUAACUCAUCAUCAACUAUAUUUACAAUGGAUUUAUAUCCAAGGUUCCGACCCAAAGCUGGGGAAGCUGAGUUGCUAGUGGUGGGACGAGUUUUUGUUCUUUUUCUGGUCGGAGUUGCCAUAGUUUGGAUACCAAUCAUUCAGGCUAGCCAGGGUUCCCAACUGUUUAAUUAUAUCCAAGCUAUUACAAGCUACCUAGCUCCUCCAAUCUGUGCUAUCUACCUUCUAGCAAUAUUUUGGCCGAGAACAAAUGAACCUGGAGCUUUUUGGGGUUUAAUGGUCGGACUUGUAGUCGGACUAAUCAGGUUUGGUUUGGAGUUCGGGUUUUCGAACCCCCCGUGUGGGUCCUCCGAGCCCCCUCCUCCAGAGUGGUGGCAACGUCUUGUCGGAGAUAUUCAUUUUCUACAUUUUGGACUUCUUCUUUGGGCAAUAUCAGGGAUAGUUGCCAUUGUAGUCAGUCUUCUCACUCCUCCACCGCACAAGUAAUCCCUUCACAGGCUCACUUGGUGGACAAGACACAGUACUGAAGUCAGGGUAGGCCUAGAAGAUGAACCAGAUUAUGAAAACUCGGCUCCACAAAAUAUUAAAAGUUGUGCUAAAGACAGCUAGUGAAACAGCUGAAGAAGAUGCUGAUUCCUUAAUCGAACCUGAUUGGAAGAAGAUUGUUGUAGACAGUAAU